AUGAGGACGGUUCUGAUGGUGGCGGAGAAGCCGUCACUGGCGCAGUCCAUCGCCAAGAUCCUGUCGAAAGGAAGCUGCACAAGCCGAAAAGGGUUAAACGGAGCAUGCUCAGUGCACGAGUACAGCGGCUCCUUCCAGUCACAGAGCGUUCGCUUCAAAAUGACGUCGGUGUGCGGCCACGUCAUGAGCCUCGACUUCAUCGGUAAAUAUAAUAACUGGGACAAAGUGGAUCCGGCCGAGCUCUUCAGCAAAGCUCCGACAGAGAAGAAAGAGGCCAACCCCAAACUCAGCAUGGUCAAGUUCCUCCAGGUUGAGGCUCGAGGCUGUGACUACGUUGUUCUGUGGUUGGACUGUGACAAAGAGGGAGAGAACAUCUGCUUUGAGGUCUUGGACGCGGUGCAGCCGGUCAUGACUAAACCUGGGGGGAGAGAGCAGACCGUGUUCAGGGCCAAAUUCAGCUCCAUCACAGACACCGACAUCUGGGCCGCCAUGAACCAGCUCGGGACCCCCAACCAGAACGAGGCUCUGUCUGUGGACGCACGGCAGGAGCUGGACCUCCGCAUCGGGUGUGCUUUUACACGAUUCCAGACCAAGUACUUCCAGGGGAAAUAUGGAAACCUGGACUCGUCUCUGAUCUCGUUUGGCCCGUGUCAGACACCCACGCUCGGGUUCUGCGUCGAGAGGCACGACAAGAUCCAGUCCUUCAAACCAGAGACUUUUUGGGUCAUACAGGCAAAGGUGUUUAAGGGGAAGGACAACCCUUUGACUUUGGACUGGAGCCGUGUGCGAGUUUUCGAUCGAGAUGUGGGACAAAUGUUUGUGAAUCUGGCCAAAACCUCCAAAGAUGCCAAGGUGGAGUCGGUGAGUAAAAAGGAGAAGGCCAAACAGAGACCUCAGGCUCUAAACACCGUGGAGAUGCUCCGUGUCGGCAGUUCUGCUCUGGGGAUGGGUCCACAGCACACGAUGCAGAUUGCAGAGCGACUUUACACACAGGGAUACAUCAGUUAUCCCCGGACAGAGACCACGCACUACCCCGAAAACUUUGACCUCAAGGGGACGCUCAAGCAGCAAGCCAACUGUCCGCACUGGGCUGAAGAGGUGAAAGAGCUGUUGGCGUCUGGUCUGAAUCGUCCGAGGAAAGGCACCGACGCCGGGGACCACCCUCCCAUCACCCCCAUGAGGGCCGCCAGCGAGGCCGAGCUGGGCAGCGACGGCUGGCGUCUGUUCGACUACAUCACCAGGCACUUCAUCUCCACCAUCAGCCAGGACUGUAAAUAUCUCCAGACCACCAUCUACUUCACCAUCGGAGGAGAGAACUUCACCUGCACCGGGAAGACCCUCAUCUCUGCAGGCUUCACGACGGUGAUGCCGUGGCAGGGCAUUCCGCUGGAGGAGGAGCUGCCAGUGUGUGACCGAGGAGACCUGUUCACCGUGGAGGAGAUCCGGCUGGUGGAGCGUCAGACCAGCCCCCCGGAGUACCUCACCGAAGCCGAGCUCAUCACACUCAUGGAGAAACACGGCGUCGGCACAGACGCCAGUAUCCCGGUGCACAUCAAUAACAUCUGUCAGAGGAACUAUGUGACUGUGGAGAACGGACGCAAACUCAAACCCACCAACCUGGGCAUCGUCCUGGUGCACGGCUACUACAGGAUCGACGCGGAGCUGGUGCUGCCCACCAUCCGCAGCGCUGUGGAGAAGCAGCUGAACCUCAUCGCUCUGGGGAAAGCCGACUUCUCUCAGGUCCUGCAGCACACGCUCGACAUCUUCAAGAGGAAGUUCCACUACUUUUUCGACUCCAUAAACAGUAUGGACGAGCUGAUGGAGGUGUCCUUCUCUCCCAUCGCCGCCUCCGGGAAACCUCUGUCUCGCUGUGGGAAGUGUCACCGCUUCAUGAAGUACAUCCAGGCCAAACCCAGCCGCCUGCACUGUUCCCACUGCGACGAGACCUACAGCCUGCCUCAGAACGGAGCCAUCAAACUCUACAAAGAGAUCAAGUGCCCGCUGGACGACUUCGAGCUGGUGCUGUGGACCUCAGGGGCCCGGGGCAAGUGUUACCCGCUGUGUCCGUACUGCUUCAGCAACCCGCCCUUCAGAGACAUGAAGAAAGGUUUGGGGUGUAAUGAGUGCACCCACCCGACCUGCGCUCACUCGCUGUCCUCUCUGGGCAUCGCGCAGUGUGUGGAGUGCGAGUCCGGAGUCCUGGUUCUGGACCCGACGUCUGGACCCAAGUGGCGCAUGGCCUGCAACAAGUGCAACGUGGUGGUGCACUUCUUUGAGCACGCACACAAAGUCCAGGUCUCCUCCGACAGCUGCGACUCGUGCGACGCUUCCCUGGUGGACGUGGACUUUAACAAGACCCGGUCUCCGCUGCCUCACGGCGACACGCAACACUCAGGCUGUGUGUUCUGUGACCCCGUGUUUCAGGACCUGGUGGAGCUCAAACACGCCACCAUGAGACACCCCAUGCACCACAGAGGGGGCGGGCGGAGAGGCGGGCGAGGGCGGGGCCGAGGCCGCAGAGGGAAUCUCAAGAAACCCAAGGACAAGAUGGCGGCGCUGGCAGCUUAUUUUGUGUAG